AUGUGCAGCAGUUCUAUAUUCAACUUGCAGGCUCUCGAGAAGCUGAUACGCCUCUGGGUCCGAGACAAACCCCAGCACCCCACCAUCGACGAGGUGCUCGAAAAGUGUUCAUCUUCAUCAGACAAGAUUUUGAUUGCUCCUCAUUUCGAUGUGACCUGUGAUAAUGGCACGGUGAAGAGCAUUGGCAUCAAAAGCAAAUCGAAUGCGACCAUCAGGGAUCUCAAUGAGGCACUUGAGGGCCUACCCGGGAUUCAGGAACUCGUUAUGGACGGCUCGAACAUCUCGGGUGACCUCAAGGAUUUGAACAUGCCAAGUGGGCUCUCAAGGCUUCAAAUGCGUUGGUGCGAUGUAAAGGCAGACUUGAAGGAUCUCCAAACGCACAGCUUGACGGCUCUGAAACUCUCCGGAACGAAGAUCCAUGGCAAAUUGGACGAUCUGAAUUGGGAACAGCUGGAAAUUUUGGACUUGCAAGGUGUCAAGUCUGUGACAGGAGAUCUCUCUACCGUGGGUCUCAACGAAUCAUCACCAUUGAGAGGCCUUUGGCUUCAAAAUACCAGAGUCACUGGAGACAUUGUGGAGCUGUUGAAGAGACACCCCAAGUUGGAAUAUUUGAAUUUGGGGCACACCCAGAUCUCCGGAGAGAUCAGAGAUGAGGGGAAAGGUAAGGAGGGCAUCAGCAAACAGUUGAAAGAGCUCAUGCUGCAGCACAGCAUGGUGAAGUUCAACAUGUCAAUCCCAGAAAACGAGGCAGAUCUUGCAUUCCCCAAACUGACCAAGCUGGACGUGUCCGGAAGUCCAUUGGACAUGGAGGUCUGGAAAUUCAUCUAUCCCUUUGCAAAGGCCAAUUAUCACCUCUGUGACGUGGCAGCGUCGGAGUGUGGUCUCUUUGGCCCUCUCGAAGGCAUCCACAGCGCAGGAAACUACCCUUUGAUGUGGCAAGUCCGUACCCUUGACCUCUCCAAGAACAACAUCACUGCCCUUCGAGGGGGGCCAAGAAACAUUCAUUUGGAUGUCAGCAACAACCCCAACUUGAAGGACAUUGCAAAAUCGUACUUUGGUGGAACCAAGGUCUUGGACAUUCGAAAUACCCAAGUCAACGGUAGAGGAAUGAUCAUGACGGCAAACGGCAGCGUUCAGGCUGCCGAGAAGCCAAUCUUGAGUGAAGUGAAGCCCAUCACCAACGGUACCUGGACCUGCAAGGAGGUGAGGCCAGUGAAGCCAUCGGCAGAGAAAUCCAUUGUGCUGAUAACACCUGAGGACUUUGCUCCUAAGGAACUCUGCAGUUGUGUGGAUGGCUUUGCUGGAGUUGGAACGAACUGCAUCAAGUGCACCAAUGGAUUUGAGCCCUUACCCCCAAAGCGAGAGUGCUGCGGCUGCCCAGAAGGCAAGACCCGAGUCAACUUUCAGGACAGCUCUGCUAACUCUGGCGACUCUGCUUGCCUCAGUUGCUAUGGCCGGGGCUGUGACGUGAGUUCCUGCCAACAUGACAGCUGCAGCACAGGCUAUAAAGGCGUGCUUUGUGGAUCGUGUGUGCAAGGCUAUCAGCAGCGAAUCUCCAGAAACUCUGACUCAUAUGAUGAAUGCCAAGAAUGUGAGACAACUCCCAGUUGGUUGCCUUGGAUUGUGGUGGUUGCUUACGGAGUGGGCCUUUUUGCGAUGAUGUGUUUCCUGAUCUUUCUGACGAAGCCAGGAGAGAAGGAUGCAGAAAGCGAUCGCAUGGAGGAGUUCAAAGAGCAGUGUCUUCUCCUUCUUUCCGUCAUUCAGCUUCUGAAGACCGCGCAGAGCACUAUGGAGGAGCUGCUGGACAGCCCAGUGCAAUUGAAGCUUGGAGAUUUGCUCUACUCAAUCUCAGUGCAAUGUGGAUUUCUGGGCUAUGAGAAUGGUCGAAUCCUUGAAGCACUGUCCUCAGCCUUCUGCUUGCCUUUGCUCUGCAUGGUGGGUUUGCUAGCAGCUUUCUGCCGUGGCAGUCCGUUCUGGGCUUUGAAGUUUUGCAUCUUUGUGACUUCAAUGCUGUUCGUUGGUACAAUCCAGGCUACCGUCUCCAACUUCAUGUGCACAAGCAAUGAUAGGGAUGACAUACCAUUGCUGAAGGCUUCCUAUUUGAAGGAAUUCCCCUUUGUGGCCUGUGAAGGUUCCAGCCCUUUGCACAUCAGCCUCUAUGUUGCCCUUGUGUUGAACGCUGGGGUGAUUCCUGGCAGCCUUCUCGUGCUGGCCCUCUAUGUGAGCAAUGAAACAGCAAAGGUCCGUGGCCUCUUCCGUCAGCUGCAACCGAGUUGCGCUUGUGGACUCACUGGAGAUGGUGUGAAGAUGGACUUCCGAUUGCCGCAAAGAGAUGACAAAGCGUCCCCAGCUUAG